AUGGCGGAAGCGGAGAAUCGCAUUCCUUACGCGACUGCGCCACGGCGAAACGUCAUAUCCGGCCCUGCGUGCACUACACCGGAGCCGGAACUUGUGAUCACAAGGAAGGUCCACCCCUUGGUGACCUCGGACCUCAGCAGUCUCAAAAAUCAUUUCGGUGUCCCCUCUCACGUGCUCGGAAAGACCAUGUCUUCCCGGCUGUGCAAAGAACCGCGGCGGAAGUACAACGUCCUCUCCGUUCCCGUCCGCAAGGACGACGAGGUCCAGGGGGUUUGAGGACACUACGAAGGUCAUCAGAUCAGCAAGGUAGUCCAAGUGUACAGAAAGCAGUAUGUCAGCCACAUCAAGCAGGUAGAGCAUGAGGAGGCUAAGGGCACAACUGUCUGCAUGGACGUCCACCCAGUAAGGCAGGGUUUCAGUAAGGUGCUUAUCACCAGGCUGGAACCAGACAGAGACAGGAAACAAAUUCUUCAACGCAAAGCCACGUCUCGUCAAGCUGGGAAAGAGAAAGGCCAAUGUAGGGAGCUCAGGAGGUCGCAGGAGUGA